AUGGUCAGCUUCUGUUGUGGUUCUGUCUGCUCUGAACAGAGCUGUGGCCAAGGCCUCUGCCAGACGUGCUGCUGCCCCAGCUGCUGCCAGAUCACCUGCUGCAGAACGACCCGCUACCAUCCCAGCUGCUGUGUGUCCAGGUGCUGCAGGCCACGGUGCUGCCAGUCCCUGUGCUGCCAGCCCACCUGCUGCUGCCCCAGCUGCCACAUUUCUAGCUGCUGCCGCCCCAGCUGCUGUGUGUCCAGCUGCUCCAGGCCCAGCUGUUGUGUGUCCAGCUGCUGUCAUCCAGUCUGCUGCCAGACCACCUGCUGUGGCCCAGUCUCCUGUGAAUCCUCUUGCUCUCACAGCAACCUCUGCCUCCCAGACCUCUGCCAGGAGACCUGCUGCAGCCCCAACUGCUGUCAGACCACCUGCUGCAGGGCCACGUGCUGUCGCCCCAGCUGCUGUGUGUCCAGCUGCUGCAGGCCCUCUUGCUGUGAAUCCAGCUGCUGCCGCCCCUGCUGCUGCCUGCGUCCAGUCUGUGGCCGAGUCUCCUGCCACACCACUUGCUAUCGCCCAACCUGUGUCAUCUCCACCUGCCCCCGCCCCUUGUGCUGCGCAUCCUCUUGCUGCUGAGCCCCCUGCCCUGGCUCACCUCCCCCUUCACCGCUAGCCCACAGAGGCAGAUCCUUCUUCUGUGCUCUCUAUGAGGACGCAUGGAGUGGGGUUGAUGUCAUUCAAUAGGAUGGACCUCAUGUUUCCAAUGAGCCCAUCACCACUUCACUGACUCUGUGAGGAUAUUCUGGUUCAUUUUAAGCUCCCUCCCUUGCUUUCUUUUUCUUCCAGUGGUAGCAUCAAAUAGGAAUUAAUUUGUAAUCCACUAAGAAAUUAUUCCAAUCCUCUAACUUCCUUGUUUUCUUUAUCACUUUGAGGUAUAGAUUCUCCUUCUCAGUGAGGUAGACAUUAUCUGCAGGACCAGUUUUGUCACUGAUUUUGCACCCUCAGACCCAGGGGCCCAGUUAUAUUCUGUGUUUCUCCUAGCAUGAAUUUCUUAUGCUUUGUUGCAUCUCUGCUUUCUAAUAAACUUUUCUGCACA